UUCUCAUCCUCUCUCAGUGGUAAACCCAAAAACCCAGUACUCUAUCCCAAUCCUCCUCCCCUUUCCCUAAAGCCAGAACCCAAAAUCAUCGUAGUCUUUCGGAGGCUGAUUCCGAACAUUUAUUCCCUUUCCCUUUCCCGGUUAAAAGCCACCUCCACUCACUCCUCCCUGGCCUAUCUCUCUGCUUUUUCUUCCUCUCUGUGGCUUGAGCUUUUCGGUCUGGUUGCCAAGGGGGUAAGGUUUUCACGGUCACGCUCUUUAAACUUUCCGAGAAAUUUCUCGUCCUUUGAUGGAGCUUUUCCUCCUCCUCACUAUUUAAUUCCUCAUCCCUUCAUAUUUUCUGGUUCAAGCCUUCUCUUUAACGUGCUGCUCCUGAAUCGCUCAGGCUUUCCUUUUUAUCUUCUUCUUUAUUCUCUUCCUCUCCUCUCCCCAAAGAAUCUCUAUUCUCUAUCUUUUGAUUACUUUUCAGACCUUCUUCCUAUUUCACGCUCCCAGUGACUCAACUCAUCUCGCUUUCAAUGCGAAUCAGCUGCUCUUAGUGUGUGAGAAUCUGAUAGAAGGAGUAUUUCUUUGCAGCCAUGAAUUUGAAUCCAGCCGUUAAGUUCUCGCACCACCGGAGCCACACCAAGGUGGUCUGUAGUUCCGAACCCGAGGCUGUCCGGCCCAGGAUUGUCAGGAUUUCCGUCACCGACGGCGAUGCUACUGAUUCCUCCAGCGACGACGAGCCCGAGCCCUUCUUCGGGCGCCAGAGGGUCAAGAAGUAUGUGAAUGAGAUUUCGAUUGAGUCGUGUUCGAUGGAAGCUGAGGAGGCGACGGCGGUUUGGAAGAGCCGGACGUCCAGGACGGUUAGGAAGAAGACCGGAAAAACCGUGGUUCCGGCGAGUCGUAUGACGUUGAAGCCUGCCCCAGGAAAGAAGUUCCGGGGAGUGAGACAACGGCCGUGGGGGAAAUGGGCGGCGGAAAUCAGAGACCCCUUCCGGCGAGUACGGCUCUGGUUGGGGACGUACGACACGGCUGAGGAAGCCGCCAUGGUGUACGACAACGCGGCCAUCCAGCUACGUGGACCUCACGCGCUCACCAACUUUCACUCUCCUCCGGCUGUCAGUGACGAGCCCGAGGCUGACAUUAUGUCCGACAUCAAGCCGGUCAUCAGUUACGGCUACAAUUCCGGCGAGGAGUCACACAACGCUAUCUGCUCUCCGACCUCCGUGCUCCGCUGCCGCUCGCCGUCAAACGAAGUCGAGUCGUCGCCGCCGACCCUCAAACAACAACAACAACAACCUCAACAACUCCAACUCCAACUCAAAGAAGAAGUCCGAGAUGUUCGGGAAGACUCCUGUGUUUCGGAGAACUUCUCGGAGCUCUCCGACCACACCAGCUUCGAGAGCUUCAUCCCCGACGACAUAUUCGACUUCCAGACGACACUACCUGACUUCUUCGAAGAGACGAGUGUUUUCAAAGAAAGCAACAACUUCUGCGAUUUCGGGAAUUUCGGCGACAUCUUCUCAGACUCGGCCAUGGAUUUCGGGUUCGGAUCAGCCGGCAACACAACCUGCGACUAUUUCCAAGACAUCGGCGACCUGUUUGCCUCCGACCCUCUUGUUGCUCUAUGACUUUGUAAUAAUCAUAAAUAGCUACUCCUUCAAUCCACCGCUGUUUCUUCUGUUCUCGGUUGUUGCCGGUUUGUCGGCAAAUUUUGAA